AUGAAUACAGAAUGGGAAGAGGAGGAAGACGACCCAACGUACAAGGCAGAAUCCACAGUGUUUAGCAGACUUCCUCCAGAGCAUGAGGCUUACAAACCAACCAAGCGCGCGGGGUACAACCCCAAAGCAGAACACGACUUCACCUUAAGCUAUCGUCCUGAGGACAUGGCUGAAAAUUCAAAAUUUAUUCCAGAAAUCGCGUGCGCGGCCAUCGACAAAACAAAGUUACCGCACAACGUAGGUAAAUACAAUGGGUUGACGGAUCCAGAUGAUCACCUCCAGGUGUUCAAAGGCGCAGGAGCAACAGGUGGUUGGAACCUACCAACAUGGUGUCACUUGUUUGCUCAAACUUUCGUUGGUGCGGCACGCAUCUGGUUCGACAAUUUACCAGCUGGAAAAAUCAAGUCAUGGGUCGACUUCCGAGAAAAAUUCUUAGCACACUUUUCUCAACAGCGAAGACACGCCAGAGACCCAGGUGAUUGUCUGAACAUAUACCGAAAAGACUACGAAAGCGUGGAGGAUUUUAUUACGAGGUACAACAAAGAAUGUCUGGAAAUUGGAGACAUACCGGAAAAAAUGAUGCGCGCACACUUCAUGCGAGCAGUUAAAUGCGACGAUCUGGUUAAAAGAAUCAAAGGGCGUGACGGAGGACCCAAAGACUGGGAAACCUUCAUUGAAGCAGCCAAACCCUUGCGCAGACAGAUAGACACGGGCCACCUGACCGAUGAUUGCUUCAGCUUAAAACAAGAAAUCGAAAGAGCUCUAAGAGACGGCAAGCUCGGUCACUUAGUCAAAGGAGGAAAGCGCGAUUACCGCCAGAUACAACGAAGAGACGAAGGUCCAGACAACAAGAAGCUCAGAAAGCUAGAAACCCAUAUGGUGCAAGGAGGACCACGGCGACCAAGAAAAAACUACAACAAACGCGCGCAGGAUGAUUCAUGGCGCGAGAAGCAAGUAGUAUUCCCAGUUGUCAGGGGAGGUCCAAGAGAAAAGCGGCCAAUAGUCAUUCCAGGGGUGAUCGGCCACUACCAAACAGAUUACAUCUUUAUUGAUCCAGGAAGCACCGCAGACAUCAUAUAUGAACAGUGCUUCAAUCAAUUCGACCAAGAGGAUAAGGCGCGCCUGGAACCAGUUGACUACCCACUAACUGGAUUCUGCAAUGAGGCCGUCUUUCCCCUAGGACAAAUAUCUUUCCCAGUAUUACUUUCUGAUGGGAGAAAUUCAAGAACUGAAGAAGUCACAUUUAUGAUGCUACCGGCACAUUCAAGACAUGACAUCCUUUUAGGACGAGAAUCCCAAGGAGAUUUCAGCAUGAUCUGUUCCGCACCACAUUCUGCCAUAGGUUUUCCAACCGAAACAGGCGUUGCGUUGAUAUACGCAAGCAAGGAAGUGCUAGCAACAGACGAAAUCAGGCCGGCAAAAGCAAGCAAGCCCGCACCGCGCAGAGAGGCAGAAAAAUGGGUAUUGAACAGUGCAUACCCAGAACAAACGGUCACUCUGGGACCCGCAAUGUCUGACCUAACGCGUGCGGCGUUAAAGAAAUUACUGCAUGAAAACAUGGAUGUGUUCGCCUGGACACCAGCCGAUAUGGUUGGCGUUCCACGACACAUUGCGGAACAUCGGUUAAACGUCUCAGAGGAUGCAAAGCCAGUAGUGCAUGCUAAACGACACCUGGGGGACAUCAAACAUGAUGCAAUGAAGGAACAAGUGUUAGAACUGCUAAACGCAGGAAUCAUCAGGGAAGUCCGGUACCAAACGUGGGUGGCAAGCCCAGUCAUGGUGAAGAAACCGAAUGGUAGUUGGCGAAUGUGCGUCGACUACAAGGAUCUGAACAAAGCAUGCCCCCGUGACUGCUAUGCGUUGCCCGACAUAGACGAGAAAAUAGAUUCUUUGGCAACGUUUCGGUGGAAAUGCUUUCUGGAUUGCUACAAGGGAUACCACCAGGUCCAGAUGGCUGUUCAAGACGAGGAUAAAACCGCUUUCCGCACGCCAACGGGGCUAUACUGCUACACCAAGAUGCCGUUCGGCUUAAAGAAUGCCGGUGCUACGUAUCAACGAUUGAUGAACGAAACAUUUAGUGACGCCAUCGGUAAAUACAUCGAGGUAUACAUGGACGAUCUGGUAAUCAUGAGCAGGGAGGAGAGCGCAAUGCUGGUAAAUAUCCAGAAAACCUUCAACACGCUGCGCAGCGUGAGCAUCAAACUGAAUCCAGCAAAAUGCUCAUUUGGAAUGGAGGAAGGAAAGUUUCUGGGAUUCAUAGUCACCAAAGACGGUUUUAAGGUGAACCCAGAAAAGGUCCAGGCCAUAGAGAGGAUGCCUUCACCAGCAAGCAUCAAAGAUAUGCAAAAGCUCGCAGGACGAUUGGCAGCCCUCAAUCGAUUCCUAGCAAAUCACGCGGCAAAAUCCUUCCCAUUCAUCAAGACCUUACGAAACUGCAUGAAGAAAACCCAAUUCCAAUGGACUCCGGAAGCAGAAACUUCCGACAGGGCCGUCGGUGCCGUAUUGCUGGUUGAUCGACAAGGUGUCCAAACACCUGUGUAUUAUGUGUCCAGAACCCUAACCGACCCAGAAACAAGAUACGCAAUCAUGGAAAAGCUUGUCCUUGCACUGAUUCACGCGUCAAGAAGGCUACGCCGAUAUUUCGCCAAUCACGUCAUCCACGUGUUAACAAAUUACAAUAUUGGGAAUAUCCUAGCAAGGCCAGAAAUAUCAGGAAGGUUGGCCAAAUGGGCGAUAGAGCUAGGGGGACUCAACGUAGUCUUCAGACCACGACCGUCGAUAAAAGGCCAAGUUUUGGCAGACUUCAUGACGGAAGUCCCCGAUGAUAAAGACAGAGAAUGCAAGGCGAUGGAGAAGGCGGAGAAAAAACAAAUCGAAGAACCAUGGAUGUUGUAUACGGACGGCGCGUCCAACGAAGAUGGGGCAGGUGCGGGGUUGCGGCUAGUGAGCCCAGACAAAAACGAGUUCACCUACGCCAUACGUCUGGACUUCAAGAGCACAAAUAACGAGGCAGAGUAUGAAGCCUUUCUGGCCGGCUUGCGCUUAGCAAUCAAAAUGGGAGUCCGACAUAUUGAGGCACAUGUGGACUCCAUGCUAGUGGCAGGACAAAUCAACGGUCAAUACGAAGCCAAGGGCGACAUCAUGGCACUCUAUCUCAACCAGGCAAAGACGUUGCUGCAAACUUUCUAUUCUUACAAGGUGCACCACAUAAACCGCAGCGAAAACAAGCCAGCAGACGCCUUAAGCAAGCUUGCGUCAACAAGUUUUCAGCACCUAGCCAAAGACGUACGAAUAGAAGUCUUAAGCAACCCGUCUGUGCCACUCCGAGAAGUCAGCGUCAUCCAAACAGGAACCACGUCAUGGAUGACACCCAUCAUCAUGUACUUACAGUCCGGAAUACUCCCAGAAAAUAAAGCCGAGGCGCGGAAAAUCCAAUAUAAAUCAGAACAUUAUCAAAUGGCGGAUGGGAUAUUGUACCGAAAGUCAUAUCUCGGCCCUCUGUUGAGAUGUGUUGACGCCGACGACGCAAAUUAUCUGAUCCGGGAAGUACAUGAGGGCAUCUGCGGCAUCCACGCCGGGCCACGCAUGGUAGUGGCUAAAGUAAUGAACGCCGGGUACUACUGGCCCGGAAUGCACCUCGAUGCCGUGAAAGAACUAAGGAAAUGCAGCGGCUGCCAACGGCAUGCACCAAAAACCAUGCGUCCAAAAAAUGCGUUGGUGCCUGUAACAACCGCAUGGCCCUUUCAGCAAUGGGGCAUAGACAUGGUGGGCCCCUUUCCAGAAGCUCCGGGGGCAGUCAAGUUUAUCAUCGUCGCGGUCGAUUACUUCACCAAGUGGGUAGAAGCAAAAGCACUUGCGUCAACCACGUCAGCAGUCGUUAAACGCUUUAUCUGGGAACAAAUCAUAUGCCGUUUCGGCCUGCCACUCCGAAUCAUCACCGACAAUGGUACAAACUUUGCAGCAGAUGAUCUCGAACGAUGGUUCAAGGAACUAAACAUCGAACAUACCUUCUCGUCGGUCGCACAUCCGCAAGGGAAUGGUCAAGUUGAAGCGGUCAACAAGAGCAUCGUCGAUGGCAUCAAAGCAAGGCUCGGUGAAAAAAGACGAGGGUGGGUCGACGAGCUACCAAGCACAUUAUGGGCCCAUAGAACAAUGCCCAAAACAAGCAAUGGAGAAACACCCUUCAGCUUGGUCUAUGGGUCCGAAGCUGUGAUCCCAGCAGAAAUCGGACUCCCAUCUCCAAGAAUGCUCUCCAUGAAUCUGAUCAAUAACGAAGAAGAACGGAGGAUCGAUCUAGACCUCCUAGAAGAACGAAGAGAGAUGGCUGCAAUCAAUGAAGCCAAGUACAAAUCAAAGCUUGAAAAGUAUUACAACUCCCGAGUCCGGAUCUGCACCUUCAACCCAGGCGAUUAUGUCUUAAGGGACAAUGAAGCAUCCAACACAGAAAAACCAGGGAAACUGGCUCCCAAAUGGGAAGGCCCAUACAUCAUUGAUGCGGUCCUCGGCAAGGGAGCAUACAAGCUACGCACCAUGAACGACAAAGAGGUCCCGCGAACCUGGAACGCCCAACAGUUACGAAAAUGCUACAUAUAA